AUGGCUCUCGUUAGCCUCAACCUCAACCCUCCCCAACCCCUAUCGAAGAAUCGAAGAAUCGAAGUAUCGAACUCAGAUGAGUCAGCAUGUGGGGCCGUCGAAUAUAAAGUCGACAAAAACAGCAGUAAAAACCGGCGAGACGAAGAAGAUGAAGACGACGACGACGACGAGGAAGAUGAAGAUGAAGAUGAAGAUGAAGAUGAAGAUGAGAUGAAGGUGAAGAUGAUAGAUUCGAUCGCUUAG